GGACCUGAACCAGAACCAGAACCAGAACCAGAUCAUGGACCUGGACCCGGUCUUCCUGGUCCCCGCGGUGGUGAUCACGGUGCUGGCCGUGUAUGUGGCGGCGGCGCUGCUCAGCGGCUCCCCGGCAGCACCGGGGGCCCGGGCCGGGUCACCCCGGGCCGGGUCACCGGUGCCCCCGGGGGCCGGGUCACCCGCCAGGUUCUCCGGGUCACCCACCGGGUCUCAGGCCGGGUCUCAGGCCGGGUCUCAGGCCGGGUCUCAGGCCGGCUCACCCCGCGCCUCCUCCGGGUCACAGACGCCCAGGACCCGCGGCGGAAUCCCCGGAUCUCCCGGAAUCCCCGGAUCUCCAGGAAUUCCCGGAUCUCCAGGAAUUCCCGGAUCUCCGCUCCGGACCGAGCUGCUCUCCCAGCUGGAGGCUGAUCCAGAACCAGGACCUGAAAAAACAGGACCAGGACCGGAACCAGGACCAGUUAAAGAACCGGAACCUGCUCCAGAACCAGAACCAGCUCCAGAACCAGAACCAGCUCCAGAACCAGUUCUAUCCCCAGUGAAAGUUCCAGUGAAAGUUCCAGAACCAGAACCGGUUCUACAGCCAGUUAAAGAACCAGAACCGGUUCCAGAACCUGUUUCAGCCCCAGUGAAAGUUCCAGAACCUGUGAAAGAAUCGGUACCAGUUCUGGAACCAGUUAAAGAACCAGAACCAGAACCAGUUAAAGAACCAGAACUUGUUGUAAAAUCAGUUCCAGAACCAGAACCAACCCCAGAACUGGUUCCAGGACCAGAACCUGUUGCAGAACCACUGGAAGUACAAAAACCUGCUCCAGAACCAGUACCGACCCCAGAACUUGUACCAGAACCAGUUCUAUCCCCAGUGAAAGAACCAGAACCGGUACCGACCCUAGAACUGGUUUCACAACCAGUGAAAGAACCAGAAACUGUUGCAGAACCAGUACCGGAACCUGCUCCAGAAACUGUACCGACCCCAGAACUUGUUGCAGAACCAGUGAAAGAACCGGAACCUGCUCCAGAACCAGAAUCAGUUCCAGAACCUGUGAAAGAACCAGUACCAACCCCAGAACCGGUUCCAAAAUCCCUUCAGAAAUCUGAAACGGUACCAGGACCAUUUGCCGAGCCAGAACCGGUCCCAGAACCAGAACCAGAACCAGAACCAGUUCCAGAACCCGCUGUAGUUCUGGAAUCGGCAUCUGGACCUGGACCUGUUGAAGUUCCAGAACCAGAACCAGAACCAGGGACGGCUACGCUGGUCCAGAGUUCUGAGUUGGUUCCUGAAUCCGGAUCUUCUGCCGGGACCAAAGAACCAGAACCGGAACCAGAACCAGAACCGGUUCUAGAGCCAGUUAAAGCACCAGAACCAGAACCAGAACCAGAACCAGAACCGGAACCAGAACCAGAACCGGAACCAGGAUCGGAACCGGAGGCCCGUCAGAACGAUGCAGAUGAGACCAAACAGAGGAUCGAGCUGACGUCCGACUUUACCUCCCUGUGACGGAACCGGAACCAGGCCCGGGGACCGGGUCCAAGUCCAGAUCCAGGUCCAGAACCAGGUCCCGUCCUGGUCCCGUCCAGGUUCCAGCUGAUCCAGAACCAGGAACCAGUUCUACACCAAAGUGCCUCCAGGAACCUGGAGGGUCCGGUUCCUGGUCCAGUUCCUGGUCCGGUUCUGGUCCGGUUCUGGUCCGGUUCCCGGUCCAAGACCCUGGUCCGGUUCUGGUCCAGUUUCUGGUCCGGUUCUGGUCCAGUUCCUGGUCCGGUUCUGGUCCGGUUCUGGUCCAGUUGGAGCUCCUAGUUCCUGUUAAACUAAUCGUUUGUUUCUAUUAAACUUCUCAAUAAAUGAAUGAAACUGAAGGAACUGCCGUUUUUAUCAUUAGAUCAACAACAUGUUAAUGUUCAAAAGCACCUAAACUGCAAAAACUCUACUAAAUGUAAAAACUAAAUGUUACCAGGAAUAUUUGUCUUGUUAGUGCCACGGCUGCGCGACAUGGCACUCCUUUGGGGCUUCACCACUCGCACACCGUUACUCGAAAAAUUAUGAACCGAUUUAGAAAGUUGUAGGCCCUGAAUUUAACUACAGUCCUGUGGAUUUUCAGAGCGAUGGCACAAAUAGUAUUUGCACGAAGUGCAAAAACAUUUCCAAAUUUCCAAACUAAUGGGGAACUCAUUUUCCCAUGUAUUUCUAUGGCCCCAUUCAAAGCGGAUGGGAAAAUGUCGAGAAAAAAGACAAAAUUCACAUAACUUUCUCAUAGUUGAACGUAGAACUGUCAUUCAAACUUCAAAACGGAGAAAAAACUUCUCUUCUCUCUCGAAACCCCAAACAGUUUUUUCCUAAAAUGUACACUUUUCAAGAUAUGAGCACUCAAGCGAGGACUGGAAAUCACUUUUUUGUCAAAUUUACAGUGCGGCUUUCAGUUAUUAGAGUGGCAGUUAGAGUAAAAAAAUAACUAGAUUUUUUAUUUGUAACUCGAGCUCACGGCCAAACCGUAAAAGGUAGACAGAUAAUUUUUGGUCAGAAUGUAGACAUACGUGUUGGGAUUCAUAAAAUGUGACUUUGACAGGUGGGUAAUGCACAAAAUUUAAACGGGGGGGCUAACAGCCAUGCAAAUUCCUGCCUCUGUCUCCAUUGACUGCAAUGUAAUAAAAAGUUUUCUUAAAAAGAAUCUCUCUUUGUUUUCGAGGUCUCAUUGGUGCAAAUUAGCCGCACCUCCUCUUCUGAUCGGUCGAUAUGUCAUAGUUCCUAUUUUCUGCAAUAACUUGAAUGGUUUGAUAUAGGAAAUGUCAUCAAAAUCGCAAUCAUCCGGCAGUAGUCCCGUGGCACUUCAACAUUUCCUGAAAUUUUCUAGUUUCUAGUUAAAAUGUCAAAUUUUUAGUCAAAACAAAAUCUCAUUCCACUUAAAACAAGUAAUUACUGGAAAAAAAACACAAUUUUCACCUGUUUCAAGUAGAUUUUCACUUAAAAUAAGUAGAAAAAUCAAGAUUUUUUUUGCUUGUAAUAAGAAGAUAAAUCUUGUUCCACUGGCAGAUUUUUCUACUUAUUUCAGGUGAAAAUGUACUUGAAACCGGUGGAAAUUGUCAAAUAACAAGUUAUUUUUCUGGUAAUGAGUCUUGUUUUAAGUGUAAUGAGAUUUUUUGACUAAAAAUGAGACAUUUUAACUAGAAAUAAGACAAAUAUUCCUGGUAAGAUUUUGAGUUUUUGCAGUGUAAGAAUACAAGAUUAAUAAAUAUAAAAUAAAGGUACAAUACACGUGUAUAUGUGUGUAU